GAGUCCGAAGGCAGAGGAGACAGAAGAAGCUGUACCUGAGCAGAAGCAUCUGCGAACACCGAUUAAACCAUGCUGUGGUUUCUGGUGCUGAGCUGUGCGCUCUGCAUGGGAGGACACGCUGCAGCAGGACAGAGAGAUGGAGAAAUUAUCAGUCAGAUUAAAAUGACAAACCUCGCACUGGCUGAGAUUAAAGAGCUUCUGAAACAGCAGAUUAAAGAGAUAGUAUUCCUGAAGAACACAGUGAUGGAGUGUGAAGCCUGUGGGAUGGGAGGAAUACAGCCUCGUCCCUCCUGUGUGCCCAACCCCUGCCACCCAGGGGUGAAGUGUAAGGAGACGCCUCAGGGAAUAAAGUGCGGACCCUGUCCAGAGGGCAUGGAGGGUAACGGUACCCACUGUACUGAUGUGGACGAGUGUACUGUGAUGCCGUGUCACAUGGGAGUGCGCUGCAUUAACACCUCCCCUGGUUUCCGCUGCGGUGCCUGUCCUGCUGGAUACACCGGCCCCCAGGUCCAAGGCCUCGGCCUUGCCUAUGCCGCUGCCAACAAACAGGUGUGCAGAGAUAUCAAUGAGUGUGAAGGCCUUAACAACGGAGGCUGUGUGGAGAACUCGAUCUGUAUGAACACCCCUGGCUCAUUCAGGUGUGGUCCCUGUAAGACGGGCUACAUUGGGGAUCAGCGGCAAGGCUGUAAGCCAGAGAGAGCCUGUGGGAGUGGCCAACCCAACCCCUGCCACCCUAGCGCUGGGUGCACUGUCCAUCGAGACGGUGUCAUCGAGUGUCAGUGCGGAGUCGGGUGGGCUGGCAAUGGCUACCUCUGCGGGCCGGACAUUGACAUUGAUGGUUUCCCUGAUGAGAAACUGGCCUGUCCUGAGAGGAACUGUAACAAGGAUAAUUGUCUCACUGUUCCCAACUCUGGUCAAGAAGAUGCAGACGGCGACGGAAUGGGAGACGCCUGUGAUGACGAUGCAGAUGGGGAUGGGAUUCCCAACAUGCAGGAUAACUGCGUGUUGGUGCCUAACGUGGACCAGAGGAACAUUGAUGAGGAUGACUUUGGCGAUGCCUGUGACAACUGCCGCGCCGUCAAAAACAACGACCAAAAAGACACAGAUGUGGACAAAUUCGGUGAUGAGUGUGAUGAAGACAUUGAUGGGGAUGGAAUCCUAAAUCACCUGGAUAACUGCAAAAGGGUUCCCAACCCUGACCAGAAAGAUCGUGAUGGAGACAACGUGGGAGACGCCUGUGACAGCUGCCCUUAUGUUCCAAACCCUGAGCAGACUGAUGUAGAUAAUGACUUGAUUGGAGACCCUUGUGACACCAACAAGGACAGUGAUGGAGACGGUCACCAAGACUCACGGGACAACUGUCCAGCUGUCAUCAACAGCUCUCAACUAGACACUGACAAGGAUGGCUUGGGCGACGAGUGUGAUGAUGACGACGACAAUGACGGCAUCCCAGACCUGCUGCCACCUGGUCCAGAUAACUGCCGUCUGAUCCCCAACCCUCUGCAAGAGGACUCUAAUGGUGACGGUGUUGGUAACAUCUGCGAAAAGGAUUUCGACAAUGACACCAUCAUCGACACCAUCGACGUUUGCCCAGAAAACGCAGAGGUCACCCUCACCGACUUCAGGGAGUACCAGACUGUUGUUUUAGAUCCAGAGGGAGACGCACAGAUCGACCCCAACUGGGUGGUACUGAACCAGGGAAGAGAGAUUGUCCAGACUAUGAACAGUGAUCCUGGACUGGCUGUUGGCUACACAGCUUUCAGUGGCGUGGAUUUUGAAGGGACGUUUCAUGUAAACACGGUCACGGACGACGACUACGCGGGAUUUAUAUUUGGAUAUCAGGACAGCUCCAGUUUCUAUGUGGUGAUGUGGAAGCAGGUGGAACAGAUCUACUGGCAGGCGAACCCGUUCAGAGCUGUGGCAGAACCAGGCAUCCAGCUGAAGGCCGUCAAGUCAGACACGGGUCCAGGUGAAAACCUGAGGAACGCCCUGUGGCACACCGGCGACACAAGCAACCAGGUCAAACUCCUGUGGAAAGAUGCUCGCAAUGUUGGCUGGAAGGACAAAACUUCUUACCGCUGGUUCCUCCAACACCGACCCGCCGACGGCUACAUCAGAGUUCGUUUCUACGAGGGUACUCAGAUGGUGGCGGACACAGGCGUCAUCAUAGAUGCCACCAUGAGAGGAGGUCGACUGGGAGUCUUCUGCUUCUCCCAGGAGAACAUCAUCUGGGCCAACCUGCGUUACCGCUGCAACGACACUCUUCCUGAGGACUUUGACACCUACAGAGCCCAGCAGGUCCAGCUGGUGGCCUGAUGACGACAGAUGGGCCCAGGGUAUUCUGGGAAACACUUUGCAAAGCACAACUGGGAUCAGAAAUAAAAUCAUUACGUUGCAAAUAUUAAAGUCCACCAAACGUGUUUUAAAGUAAAAACUGAUUGACUGUUUUAAACUCCUGACAGAAGAGAAAACUCCACAGGCGUAGAGACUCUUCAGAGGGGAGCAGAAAUAUAACAUGACCUGUACAAAUUGUUUGAAUUGUUUAGCUGUUGUCAAACCAUAAAUAAUUGUGACAAAA